AUGGAAAGUGUCGAAAAAGAUGUGGAAGAAUUUGUAAACUAUUUGGAACAAAAUAAUGUUGUGGAUCACAUUACUAAUAUAUUUAUUAUGUUGUACAAUGAAUCAGAACGACCGUCGGAUCCUAUCGAAUACGUGAGGAAGAAUCUGCUCCCUGACAACUCGGAUACUAGAGAAAUCGCAGAGAUUAAAUCUUUAAUCGAAAGCGCCAGAGUUGAAUUGGCCGAGUGUCAAAAAGUGCGGGACGAACUCGUGGCUAAACUGAAACAAUUGGAAAACAACGAAGAUAAUGCUGAAGAAGAGGAAAUCGAAACACUGAAAGAUUGUGCCGUCGAAUGA